CUUUUUGUGUUCACUUACAAUCAAUGGCCUUGUACAAUAUACAGAGUUGUACGGGUAAAUCAGUGUCAGUGCCAUGUGUUUAUACUUGUAAAAUAUCCCAAGCGUGCCUUGUAAUCAUAUCUGUUGUUAACGUACACAAUUUUCGUGCACCUUUGGGAUUUUAACUGGUACAUUUUUCGUGUGCUCCGGAGUCUAUAGAGAAAAAAGCGAAUUACACCUGCUAAUUUAGACUUCUUGACUGGACGUCGCCGUACUGGGUGUGAAGUAAACCUGCCCGUAUCCAUCAGGUUCGAAUGGUAUACUGGUGGUAAAGGAGGAAAUUUUCACAGUUUAUUAAUAUACAACUCAUAAUACGAAACCGUCCCGCCAAAUAUUUGCCAUGGCCAAGAAGGAUCCCUCAGCAACCCUCAGGUACAUCGAAGAAGUCAACGGCCAACUCAGCGAGGAAAUUCGCCAGUUGCGUCAGGGUGACUAUACCAAGCUGUUCAAGCAGAGCCGGAGCUUUAUCGACGGCCUGCAGCGAUCGCCCAAGGGCCGGACGACCACAUACGGUCCGUCGGUCACGACUAUCGGCAGUGUACGAGACUGCUACGAGGACUCCAAGAGACUGGACAAGGACCGGCCCACGCACUUCACCACCGUGAUCGGCCACUUCCUGGCCCUGGUGGACGCGCUCCGGACCUUAGCACAACGGGUCCGGGAGUGGAUCGGGGACCCCAUCGGGGAGCUCACCGUCCACGACCGGCAGAGGGAGACGGCAAGGAAGAUCAAGUCGGAGAUCGAGUUCUGGGAGAUGUUUCUUGGUGAGCACAACGACUUCACGGACCUGCACAAGCACAAGACGCUGGAAGAGUUCCGGGGGUUGAACACUGGGGAGGUUCCGCUGUGGGGUGCCGUGGUCAACCUCGUGCCAGUCCUACUCAAAACAGCGGACGGCAUCGCCGAUCUGUCGGCCAAGUGGUGCUCCACAACACACCGUUUAGGCAUGGGCAUCUAUGAGCAGCGACCAUCGUCAGGAGCACAGGCGGGUAGUCGCCCGGAGUCCCGUACCCGGGGCGGUUCGGCUACGGGUGGCCAGAGACCGGCCUCACGCAGCGCCGGAGCCAAGAAAACGCCCGAGAGAUCAGGCACUGGCGGCGGGUCAAACCAGAGGAAGACAUACGCCGACAAGAUGGACGAGAAGUACAAGGGACGCAUCUCUCUGCUAGAGCGCCCUCCAUGGAAACCCGCAUCCCAGAUACCCCACAACCUGUAUCCCCAGUUGCAUAUCCACCUGGGUGAUCCAACCAACAACGUGCCUUACAAUUAACAUUGCCGAUUCCAUAUGUACCAUUUAAAUGCUUUUUGCUGAAUAGUAAUGUACAAGUGCAUGUACCGUCCUGUUUAUCUGACAAUUAUGUGAAAUAGGCCUAUGGUUAUUCCUUCGACUUGAUCUUAAUAACGCAAAUCUUUUCAGACAUAGCAAUACCUUAUUUCCAUUUCUCAAACACCUUAUCAUAUUCGGCGCCGAUAAAUUUCACUUCUGGCCUAAUAUUUCCAUUCAUUGUGGAACAGGGCUAAAUAGGUCAAACAAAAUUGACUUGCAAUCAUGUGAGGGAUUUAUAAAUAAUUCGAAUGCAGAGCAUCAUUCAUUUUGUGUGGCAUAAUACACACACUGCAUUUUAUUUAAAUUAGACGAAUCCGUCUUGAUUUGACGUUUGCAAUGAAACGAUUCUACAAACAGCUUUUUAAUCAGUUUGUAACUAUAUACGAGCCAUUACAGAUUAGGAAUUAAAACUGAACGAUUAUGUUACAGGUAUAUGGGAUCUUUUGCAUGUAUAUAAAAACUGUAGCAGAAGUAAAUUAGGGAGAUUAUUAAUGAGCCGACAACAUAGUAAUGUUGGGAAAAGAUGAUCAGAUGACCAGCAUUUAUAGACUAAUUAAAAUGUGUACACGUGCAUAUAUUAUUUAGAGUGAUAAGAAAUGUAUAUUGCCCAUAAUUAUAUAUGGCCUUAGUGCUGUAUUUUCGUAUGUCUGUAACUCUUCGAAAUAGGCCAACAUGUAAUAAAGGAUCACAUUAAAAUAACGUGAA